AUGUUGGGAUACAAGAUUUUGGCUGCUGCUACUUUCCUUCUGGCCCUUGCUCCAGCUAGGCCUGUUGGUGAUGACUGGCAAUCAGAGACAACCAGUACUGCCUAUGUGACAGUCACUGCUCCAAAACAUCCUUCGUCUACCCAUUCCUCCGACAGGGAAGUGGAUAGCACCAAGACCUCUGACUGCGAGGAGUCUAGCUCGACUCCUGUCACCUCGCAUAGCAGCUCUCUCGCCUCUAUUGUUACGGUGCCCUCCUCACACAGCUCUGUGAUUGCAAGCACCAGCUCAGAGCCUCCAACCACGUGGACCACGGUCAUCACCACGGAAGGAUCCACGAUCACCACCGGAUGUGUGGUCACGACGCAGACAUUUGAGGAAUUUACCACGGUUUUCACCACUUACUGUCCACUGCCAUCGACAACGACUCACUCCAUUGAGACACCGUCCCCUGUUCCUCCUCACUCGUCUGUGGUUUCACCGCCUGCUCCAUCAACGACCAUCUUGUCCCAGAGCAGCCCAGCAGUCCCGGUUACCUCCUCGACUUAUCCUCCCCCAUUCUCUGUGACGUCAGGAACCCCAACAUCUGUAAUCACGACCGUGACGCCGGCUUCUUCAGUUAGAGCCGUCUCUUCCUGGCCCGGAUCGCCUGUCUUUACUGCUGUCCCAGGCAACGGCACGUCUAUUCACACUCUACCAAGUGGGUCUUCGGCUGCUAUCGAGACCAACCUACACGCCGGUGCCGCGGGCCUCCACGUCGGAUUGCAGUCGACCUACGCUUUCGUCCUUGCCUUGAUGGUGGUCUUUGCCUGA